CAUGAAAGAAGAUCUAAGUAUCGUUGGAAAUGAAUAUACCUAUAUGGGUAUAUGCUAUACAAUCGCAUAUGCUCUUUUCCAAAUUCCCGGUACCGUCAUUGUCACUCGAGUGAGACCAAGCUACUUUUUGUUCUUCUGCGAGGUUGGAUGGGGCACGUCUUUCCGGUUAAAGUGGUAGAUAUUUUAGAGGCUUAGUUUGCCCUUUAGGUGCCUUCACUUUUGCUCAAGCCGGCGCGAGACAUUCAAACUACAUGUACGCUUUCCGAUUCUGCGUAGGGAUGUUCGAAGCUCCCUUUUUCCCUUGUAUUUUGUACCUCAUGGGAUCGUGGUAUAACAAAUACGAAAUGGCUAAAAGAAUUGCUAUCUUUCAUUUGUGUGGAUCUCUCGGCUCUUCUUUUGGAGGGUAUCUACAGGCAGCCGUUUAUGAGACUUUAAACGGAGCCAAAGGUAUAGCUGGCUGGAGGUGGCUUUAUAUAGUCUGUGGUUGUAUGACGGUUCCUUGCGGGAUCGCUGUGCUAUGUUUCCUUCCUGACUUGCCCUCGAAUACACGGGCAUUCUACCUAACGAAAGAGGAGAAGAAAUUUGCUCUAGAUAGAGCGAUUGCGUUGGGAAAGUCUCAAGCUGGAGAGAGAAGGCUCAGAUUCUCCCUGAUUAAGAGGAUGCUUACGACGUGGAAGUGGUAUGCCUUCGUACUGGGGUACGUGGUUUAUGGCAUUUCUUGUCAAGCAGGAGAUUAUUUCAGCAUCUGGAUGAAGGCUGCCGGAUAUUCUGUGGCUGAGCGAAAUGUCAUACUUUCCUGUUCGAGGCUCAUCUCAGCUUUCUGCAUUUUCGUAUGGGGAUUUGGAAGCGACUUAACAAGUUCUCGUUUUGCUUUCGUUUUUGGACCUUUGUGCUAUGGGCUACUACCCAACGGCAUUCUCGCAUUCUGGCCGAAAUCGAGGGAGCUCAUACUGUUUGCUUUCAUGACGAACGGAGUCCAGUUGAUGACAGCCGUUUUCUACACCUGGGCAAAUGAAAUUAUGGCCGGAGACGAUGAUCUACGUGCGCUCACCAUAUCUUCUAUGAAUGGCGUACAGUACUCUGUGUCAGCUUGGCUUCCCAUUGUCAUCUUCCCACAGACGAUGUCCCCGACCUUCCGUCGUGGCUUCCCGUCGACUUUUGGUUUUGUGAUAGCUGGACUGAUGAUCAUUUUAACCAUCAAACUUCUUGCUGAUAAGGAUGCGAGACGCAGUGGGAUAAACCAGGGCGUCGAAGAUAACAAUGGUCCAGAAGGGAAGGAAAUUCCCAAGGAAGAGGUUGAGGUCUUAGAGAAAAACGAGAAGAUUUGAAUUUUUUGGGAUUGAGGUGACGCUGGGAUAUCAAGCUUGCUCUCUUCUAUGUAACUCGCGAUAACUAUGCUAUGUC